CCUAGCUACCACCUGAUGGAUGCCCGUCCUGGACGAUGAACCAGUCAAGGCUUAUCCCUCGCGCGGCACUUGGAGCCGCGGGUUCUCUCUCCUUUCUUUCCUUUUUCUGUAGCCUUUCCGCGUGCCAUCUUCAUGUCAACGUUAGGGCAUGUUCACUGGGAUCUUUAUACAUAGGCUUUGAAUGAUCCGUAGUGCCUCACAGCUUUCCGUUCUUUCUGAUCAGUGUCGAGAGUCCCGUCCCCCUCUGAUAGUCUCAAAAAAUGGCAAUGAUCCUACAUGCCUUUGUGGGAAGAUACGUCAGCAAGCUUUCAGAAUUUAUAGAGGAAGAGAUGUCCAUGCUGCUAGGCGUGAAGGAUGAGCUACUGAAGCUUUUGAGAAGGAUGGAGAGGAUAAGCGGCUUUCUCGAAUCCGCAGAGCGGAAGAGACAUGCAGAUCCGAAUAUCAAUGCAUGGGUGAGGGAGUUGAAAGAUAUCAUGUAUGAUGCGGAUGAUAUCAUCGACCUCUGCAUGAUCGAUGGCAGGAAAUUGUUGGAAGAUCAUACAUCUAAAUCAGCGGUACGCCAUCCCUGGUCUUUAUUUUCUUGCUUUAGCUGUAUCAAGGUCCGACAUGAAAUUGGUAGCAAAAUUAAAGAACUUAAUGACAGGCUAAAAGAGAUUGCAGAAGAUAUAUCAAUAUUGUCUAAACUAGAUCACACUGAAAAAGAUGUUCAAAUGAGAGGAGUAAAUCGUCGCCAGACUUUUCCUACCGGGGUCAGGUCUGAUAUUGUAGGGACACAAAUUGAAGAGGCUACCCAGAGUCUCGUGGAGUCGUUAAUUAAAGAAGAUAACAAAAAAUAUCGAAUUUUGGGGAUUGUUGGGAUGGGUGGAAUAGGCAAGACCACUCUUGCUAAGAAUAUCUAUAUACAAUGACGAAAGGAUAGAAGAGAACUUUCCUAUACGAGCAUGGGCAUGUGUUUCUCAGGAAUUUUCAGAGAUAGAAUUGCUGGAAGAGAUAAUUAAGGGUGUACGUGGAAAUUGUGGGGAGGCUGAAACUAAGGCGGCGCUCGUACCCCUUCUUUGCUCUGCACUUUCAAAAAGAUUCUUUAUUGUAUUAGAUGAUGUAUGGAGGACAGAUGUAUGGGAACAUUUGCUUCGAUAUCCCAUUGAAAGUGCAACAGCCAGUGGCAGGAUUCUGAUUACCACUCGGAAUACAAACAUAGCUAGAAAUAUGAGAGCAGAGAUCCGUCUUGUUGAUAAAAUGGAUAAUGAUAGUGGCUGGGAAUUGCUCCACAAGAAUGUCUUUGGAGAUGAUGAUGAUGAUGAGGAGGAGAUCUCUAGAUUAAAAGAAAUUGGGGUUCAAAUUGUUGAAAAAUGUGACGGUCUUCCUCUUGCAAUCAAGGUCAUAGCAGGGGUUUUAAGGUCGAAGGAUAGAAACACCAUCGAAUGGAAUAAGGUUCUCAGAAGUGGUGCCUGGUCCAUGAGCCAACUUCAUGAAGAACUCCCAGGAGCUCUAUUUUUGAGUUAUGAAAACUUACCAUCUGAUCUCAAACAGUGUUUUCUUUAUUGUGCGUUGUAUCCUGAGGACUCUCUAAUGCUUUGCGAGGAUCUCAUUCGUUACUGGGUGGCCGAAGGUUUUAUAUCAGCACAAAAGGAUACACUUAUGGAGGAUGUAGCAGAGGACUAUUAUAAAGAGUUAAUUGGGAGGAACCUUUUACAGCCUUAUGAUUAUUCAGACCGGUAUGGGUGCAAGAUGCAUGAUCUGCUACGGUCCCUUUGUUUCUCUUUGACACAUGAUGAGAGCAUUUUUCUUGGUGCCGAGCAAUCACUUAACAUAAACCUCUUGACUAAAAUUCGUCGCUUGUCAAUGGUAAACAUGGGAGAGAGAGUAGAAGUCCCUAUUGGAAUAAAACAGCAGAAGUGCUUGAGGACUCUAAUGAUUGAAAGGAGUCCCAAGACAAAGAUGAUAGAGAAUGAACUUCUUGAGAGACUGCAGUUUCUACGAACCAUAACGAUAAACGACACGGAAAUCGAGAGGCUUCCAGACUCUAUAGGAGAUCUUUUGCACCUGAGAUAUUUAGAUCUUGAUCGGACGAACAUUAGAUAUUUGCCAGAGUCCAUUGGAUGCCUCAUAAACCUGCAGAUAUUGAUGCUCUCGGGUUGUAGAUUCUUGCAUACUCUCCCCAAGGCCAUCACAAAAUUGUGCAAUCUAAGAUGCCUUCGUGUCGGAAGAGAAACUCGAUUGAGUCAUGUACCAAAGGGAAUAAGCAAAUUAAAAGAUCUUAACCAUCUUGAAGGAUUUGUGGUUGGCCAUGAUGAUGGAAGAGGCACGCAAGAUGACGAGGGGUGCGAUCUGGAGGAGUUGCAGUCUCUGCCCCAGUUGAGAUUCCUAGAGGUAAGGAGCUUGGAGAGGGCACAACCAGUGGGAGCUCCGGCACUCGCAAACAUCCACUCUCUUAGGACACUGAAAUUGACUUCCAGCCCACCACCUGAAGAUGCGGACGAAACAAUUGCAACUCAGAGAAUUGACGAGAUUUACAAUGAGCUCUCUCCUCAAUCCACGGACCUACAAACACUUGAGAUCCAUUACUGCUGGGGUACUCGAUUUCCCAGCUGGAUGAUGUCACUUUUCUUGGAUGUUUCUUUUCCUAACCUGACAUCCAUACAACUCUAUCAUUGUAAAUCAUGUCUGCAGCUUCCUCCACUGGGCCUGCUGCCUCAGCUGAAAUUCCUUCGCAUUCGGGCAGCAGCUGCAAUCAAAACCAUCGGACCUGAAUUUCUUGGCCCCCGUGCAUCAGCAGCAGCAGGGACAGCAUUUCCCAAGCUUGAAGAGUUGGAAUUUUAUAAGAUGGACAACUGGGAAGAAUGGUCGUUUGGUAUGGUGGAGGGGGUUGGUGAAGAAAGAAGAGGAGCCCUCAAGUUGCUGCCUCGUCUCAAGAAGCUGCUACUUGGAGGGUGUCCCAAGCUGAGAGCUCUUCCAGAAGGACUAUGGCAUGUCACUAGUUUACAGGAAUUGGGGAUCUAUGAUGCUAACAACCUAAUAGAAAUCGACAACCUCCCCUCAUUGAAGACUCUGAGAAUAUACAAUUGUCCGAGGUUGGAGCACGUGGAGAAUCUUGAUAGGUUGCAAUACCUAGACACAGCGACAUCCGGCACCGAUGCUGAUGGAGAGACAGAGCACCUCCCACAGUGGUUACUGGAGCUACUUCAAAAUGCACCAGCUGCGCUACAAAAUUUAAAAAGGUUUACACUAACAUGCAGCGUACCACUCCUUAAGACCUUCCUCAAGGACGGCCCCAACUGGCCCAUCAUUCAGCGGAUCCCCCACGUCAGCAUCUACAGCGGCAAGCUUGAUACAUUUGGCCGCUCUCAGUCAUAUAUUGAGUAUACCAAGGACCCUCCCGCCUUCAAAACCAACGUGGUGGAAUCAGAAGAAUCAGUGGAUGGAUAAAGCAAGUGUCCGGAAGCAUCCUCUCUUUUAUCGAGAUACCACUGCUCGUGCUUCCUUCUUGAUCGAGGACAGCGGAUCACUGGCUGCUCAGCAUUUUCCCUAUAUUUAAAUCUUUCUGUUGGGUUUUAUUUUGCCUUCUGUAAUUUCUGUUUGCUGGUGUUUUUGAUACAUUUGUAAUUUCUAUUUCCUCUUGUUUUAAUGACAUGAUCAUUUGCUGGAGUGUAACUUUUAGAAUUUAUAUGAAAUAAAAUCAUCAUUUCUCUCA